AUGUCUACUCAGCAAGUGGUUCAAGACUUGUCCUUUCCAAUAAAGGUUUACGUUGGCAUCGUUCAUCUGUUACUUUUGUUUCUAGUCAUUCUGUUUCUUCAAAGACCCAGGAAAAAUGGCGACAAGGAUGCUCAACGAGGUCGUAAAAGUCGAACGAUCACCAAAGAUGAUCGCGCCGUGACCAUCGAAUCAUGCGAAUGGAUCAACUCGACCCUUGCUUGGUUUUAUCUUCAUGCUCAAAGCGAUGAAAACAAAGAUCGCACGCCGCUGAUUGUGAAGUUAUGGCUACGUGCUUUGAAUAAACAGCUUCUGAAAGAGAAAAAGGUAUCUUUCAUCCAUUUGUUUGUUUAUUUUGUAACCGGUAACUUUGCAGCGGACGAAGCGGAGGGACCGGGCUAUCCGUGUAGUGUUUUGUUUUUCAUCUCAAACAGUACUUGACCUUCUGUUUAAGUCGUACGUUUUUACAUUGUAGCCAUAAAUUUAAACUUAUAUCUAUUUGUUACCUGUCAACAGUCUCUUGUGUGAGUUAAUUGUCCCAAAGUUCCCAAAUAGCAAGUUGAAAUUUCUUAAACCAUACGUUUUGACUUAGGGUUUGACCUAAUGGCAUGGGUUACGCAAUAAUUUUGGCUUUUUAGGGACAUUAAUAUUGUUUAAAUCUAAGUCCUUCGGAAGUCGUGAUUUUUUAUAAUUUCUUUUUAGCAUACUUUAAUAAUAAUAAUUAUUAUAAAACGUGUUCCCUUUGUCAUUAUUGGUUAACAAUGACUGUGGAAUAAAAUUAAAAUUCUCUUUUAAGUGCUGACCCUGUCACUAUGGCAGUCAGAUGCCUAAAACUGUCACAGCAACAACAACGACAUUGUAAACAUUGCAAGCUCAUUGCAAACAUGGAAAAUCAUUUUCAUUGUGCUGAAAUUUUUUUUCAACCAUAAAAAAUCUAUUGGUUUUUGCCCUGCAUUUCUGCCAUCUUUGGGGAGGAAAACAGUAGCCUUGCAGCACAUCAGAACCUCCAAUUUAAUGAGGCCCUGUUAGGGUAAAAUUAUGACAGGCAACAUGGCCUUGAAACAGCGACAUAAAACAGAUGAGUUGGCGACAAACGGCAGGUCGUUGGUUCGAAACUGCAACAGUGACAAGGAAAAUCACAAAUACAAUAGUAAAAUACUGAGAGUGACAUGGCCUCCUCUAUAAUACAUGAAGCAACUGCUUUUGAAAUUCAGAUGAAGGACAUGCGUACCCCCCCUAAGAGGGCCUUUUUAAUUGGACCCCUAUGGGUCCUAACUCUUUUGUUUUCAUAGCCUUGUCCCCAGUGGUCUCUCAGUCUCGUGUGCGAUCCAUAUAGAGAUGACUGGGGACUAGUCAGUUGCUUUCAGCUUAGUUCCAUUGUUAAUUUUGUUUAUUUUCAUUGUAUUCCCAACUACAGUUGAGCCUCAAUUAUCCGGACUCUUUGGGAUUCGAGUAGAAAGUCUGGAUAAUUAAAAUUAUUAAAAACUGAAUCAUUGGAUAAUGCAAGUCUAGAGCUGUGAUUGGCUUAGCCAUCAUGGUAUAUGAGCCAUUAGACCAUGCUCUUCAAAUAUGGUAACUGUGCGUGUCUGCUCAAAAUUAAAAGCAAGCUGAAAAUUAGUUGUUUUUACAAAUAAAGUCGAGAAGAAUUCUUGAUACAUUGUGGGCAUUUUAAUAAAACAAUAAUUCCACUCACGCUUGUUGGAUAUGAGAUGAUUAUGGCCAACUGGGUGUUACGUGCCUUGUUGGCUAUCUACCAUCUCAUAUCCAAUGUGCACUCGUGGAAUAAUAAUGUUAAAAUAUAUGAAAAUUAAUGAGAUAAAAAUGUAAACAUAGAGAAAAAAGAAAACCAAAUUUUAUUGUGAAUUAGCUCUUUAUACUUGAAUUGAUUUACGGACUGUAAGUAUUUAUGUAUUUUCAAUCCUCUGCUUGUCUCCACGCUGUCAGUGAAUUUCAGGAUCUCCCCUUUGUUUUUGCUUAUAUCUGAGAUAUGCUGCUUGCUGAUUUUAAACUUGAGUGCUAAAUUUGUUCCUUUUCACCUUUCUCCAAAUGUGAAAUAAUCGGAUGGUUAUCCUAUAUCAAGAGGACGGACUGCUUUUGUUGAGUUUACGAUUGAUUGGUCUUGUGUUUACAUAACCAAUGCGGAAUCAAGAAUGACAUUCCCUUAGCAACACUAUAAGUGAGCUAAUCAGAAUUCAGCUGAAUACAUCAGAGUGUUGUUGUUCAUCUUGUGCCACUUGCACUUUUUCAAAGCGAAACAGAUUAAAACUGUUUCAAACACACGUUUGGAAUGAUAACGAACUUUUAAUCGUUUCAAUUUUUCAAGAUCUCUCUUAUUAAUUAAUCUUCAUGACAAAAAAGCAGGACCAGGGAAACAAGUCCAGAAAAUAGAAAAGUCUGGAUAAUUGAGGUUUGACUGUAAUCUGGUGAGGUCUUCUGAGAGCUGCAAGAGGGUCACCCAAGAGGAAUGGUUGUUUCUUCUAUGAGUUAUAGGGGGUAGAUAUAGUGCCAAAGGGUAUUUAGGGGUGGGAGGGGGGUGACAGGGGGUCCAGACCCUCUGCCUCUCAUACCUGGCAUUCCCAGCUCCCCUCUCUUUUCUUGACCUCCACCCUAAGCCCUUUUACCAUUGCAAAAUUUUAAUAUUGCAGAAGUUCCUCCUUAUUUCUCCCACUUCCCACCUUUUUCGAAAUCCACCCCCCACCUUUACUUUACAUCUCCCACCUCCUGUACCCUCCUGCUCUCUGUUCUCCUGGCCCCGGUUGUUCAAAGGUUGGAUAGUGCUAUCCACUGGAUAAAUCACUGUCCAGUGGAUAAGUGUUAGGCCAUUCAAUUGCCUUAUCUAGUCGAUAGCACUAUCAACCUUUUGAUCAACUGGAGCCUGGGCCCCUAUCCCCGCCUUCCCCAACUGUAGUGUAGAAUUUUAUAAAAAUCCACCUCUUUAGGUCUGAUUUAAUCUGGGCUUGUAGAUUUUGCAUGAGAAUUGCUCCCUUUUUUUUAUUUCGCUUUUUUAUGUCAUUUUCAGGCAACAAAUUUGAUCUUUAAUUGCUAAUCCCAGUGUUUUUUUUUUUCAUCUACAUGCAGUAAGCUACUAGUGGUGCUGAGACAAACUUGAUUCACUCAGCUGAAUUUGUGUUUUUUUAGCAUUGUUUUUUCUCUUGUAGAAAGAUCAGAGGAUUGUUAUCGAAGGUCUCAGCCCAGGCUGUCUUCCUCCAAAACUUACAAGUGUGUACUGUUUGUGUGUUAGCGGGAAUAUGCAGGUAAAAAAAUUGUGGAUUAAGAAUAACACAAAUAUAUUCACCCAAAUCUCUUUACAAUACAUUUUAAUAUUAUGAAUAUGUUUUGCAACGUUUUUAAUGAUGUUUUUUUUCGCUUAAAGCAUUAACUCUUGUGAACGAAUGCAAAAUGUCAGACUGCCAUGUACAAAAAGGCAUUAAAUGAUUGUGUAGCUUUUAUAGGUGUCUUAGUUGAAAAGGACUUUUUGUUAAGUAGAUAGUUUGAAGACUGAACAUUAUAACGUGACUGCCUUUGCACGUACUUACCAGUGCAAAGCUUUGGCAAGCAGUUAGCCACUAUAAAGCUAACCAACAUGUUGCUUGUACCAGGUCACUUCAGAACAGAAUAAUUCUGUUUUUACCAGUCUCCCGCCUUCGGUGAUUUCAUUUGCCUGUAAAUAGUCAAUGCUUUUUAGAUUUCUUACCUUCUUUUUGGAUCUGAAUUAUUUUCUAUAGAGAGAAAAAAACUUUGACAAGACAAGAAGUAAGAUUCCUUUGGAAAUCAAAGGGAAAAUUUUUCCAUUUAAGACAAAAUUAAUUCCUUGAGUUCCAGUUCAAAGCAUUGACAAGGCACUGAAAGUUAGUCGCCUUCUGGUGACUAGCCUUGUAAUUCUGGUUGCCAACACUAAAUUUCAGUUGCAUUGGCAACCAGCUGGUCACAAUUUUGGACCCUGUGUCAUCAUCAUCAUUGGCACCACUACUUCCACCACCACCACCACUGCUACCAUCAUCAUCAUCAUCAUCAUUGUAAUCAUCAUCAUCAUCAUUAUUAACUUAAUAUCAUCACCAUUGUCAAUAAAUUGUUGUUUUUCUAGUGCAUAACAUUUCAUGUGGAGUCAGCAGACCUUGGUUUUUUAAUUCAAGUUCUUCAAGAAACUGAUGAUGGGCCUAAAUCUUCACUGCUGGAAACAAGGGUGCUCAAAUUAGCUGGAGAGGUAUUAUAAUAUGUCUUCAUGUACAGUGUGUAUGAACUGCUUAGUGUAUAGCCUCUUUGAGAUAAAAAAGUCAGUCUUGACUCUGCCACAAUCACCCUGACGUAAAAACGUGGAAGGAAACGGUUCACAGUACUGCUCAAAAGUGUUAGCUAAAGGCCGACACUCAACUUGAUUCUCAAAACAUGGUUCUCGUGUUUGAAAAUGUGAAUAACUUGAACUUUGAGACAAAAGAAUUGAGUUCCAAUUCUCUCAUGUCAAGUUUCAAGAAAACAGGAUUUUUUUAGUUCUUCAUUUGUCAACUUGCAUAUUUUUAACUUUUUUUUCUUGAGAAAUAGACAGGUUUGACUAUUAAUUUGACCACACUGCAAUUCAAUACCACUAAGUUUAAGUGCUGUUAAAUUCUGUCACACAACUUCCACUGCUUUGCAAGGAGUGAAACUUUGUGGCAGUGGGGAGGGGGGAAUCACUUUAAAUUAAAUACCUUCUCAUAGUCAAGAGAAUUGAGAUAAUUAAACCAUUCUUCUGUUUUCUUCUUUGAGGUUGCCCUUAAGCUGAACACUGUUCCUUCUAGGGUGGAAGUAUCUAUACAGUUUAUUGGUGUUCCAGAGAUUGCCAUGGCAACUAAAUGCUUUGACAAGGUACAAAACUGUUUUCUGUAAAUGCUGAUGGGGCAGUGGGUAAUCUUUCAUAAAAGUGGUCAGAAGAAGACAAUAUUUCUCUGAAAGUUUGAAAAGAUUGCCAAUAAUAUUAUUUGUGGCCUCAUUAUUUUACUUAAAUGGGCCAAUUUUGUUUUAAAACUAAAACUCAUACUAAUUGAAUAGACGACAAUGAAAUAUGUUAUUAAACGAAAUUAUUUAUGAAUGAACCUCAACAUUUAGAGUGUAUGAUUUAUUAUGUUUGUUUUCCCUUUGAGCUUUUUGAGUCUGAUAUCACGUAAUAGGGCUCUAAGCUAUAAGCUCUGCCCUCCUCCAAAAAAGUGGAAAUUUAUACAGAAUGUUGUGGAAUCAAUAAAUGACAAUGUAAUAUGGAAGUGCUGUCUGAGCCUUAAAAUACCAUGAUCUUUUUUUCUGAAGGCAGUCAUGCAAGUGCACGCCGACUGGUUCAUUUGGGCUUUUUUGAGGUCAUUUUGUCCUCAGAAUAAAUAUAAUAAUUUGUGUAUGUGCUCACAGGGAACUUACAGGAAAUCAAAAUGGAACAGAACUGAAUCUGUUAAAAUGGUCAGCAUGCAUACACUUUUUUUUAUUUAGAGUUGCAUAAAUUGUAUGGUCAGUACCAUUAACCAUGAAGAUAAAAUGAAAUGAAUUUUUGUGCAUUGGGUUACAUUUGAAUAUGUGGAGAUAUUUCUUUCAUAGAAAAAUACAACAGUGUUUACAAGUACCUGUCAUACCACCUGUAAAACUGUUUAAUUGAACCAUCUAGCUAGAUAUAAUUUGCUAUUUUUAUUCCUAAAAACUUAAAUUAUUACUGAAAUAAUUUAAAAUCUCAUUUAUUUUCACAUAUUUUUGUUGAUAGUGAAGAAAAUUUCUUUGUUAAUUAAGACAAACUCUUUAUCUUUGUCAUUAGCCCUUUACUGUUUGUCAGAGUUCAGGGCAUUAAAUUUUGUUAUUAUUUUAUAACCUGAAAAUUUAAAUUAGAUAACAGUGGAUCCAAUGUUAACUCUGUGCAAUAAUAUGUCAUGUGUUGUUUAAUUUUAACAGUUUUAUCUCUCUUUUGUGGUUUAUUUUGUUUGUUAAUAUUGUUAUGGAAAUGAAAGUUAAGAGAAAUGCUGGAAGAGAAAAAAUUGAGAAGUUGAAAAAUUUUAUAAUGCCACAAUAUUACAAAUCAAAAGGUGUUUGAUGUAAAAACAAUUAAUUCAUUAUUUUUAUGUCUUAUUAAAAAGAAUCAAGUAUUUUCCAUCACCCCAUUUUAUAAUCAUGCCUUAUUUUAUGUUAAGUUUUAUAUUGCAAUGUAGCAAUAGAAAAGGUGUUUUAUAACUUAUACAUUACUGUGCGACUUUUGAAUGCUUUUCCUUGUUAGGACGUUCUUAUAUUGCUCAUGGUGUAAACAAUCAUUUAGUUGUCUUUGGGAUAAGAAGGAUAGAACAAGAGUGAUAGAACUCAAGGUGGAAUAACUUUAAGUUGGCAUGAUGAAUGCUAACAUAAAUGCAAGAGAAAAGUCAGUGGACUGGUUACCGAUACCUUUGUGUUUAAUUAGCGUUGAGGAUUUCUUUUCAAGUAAACAGGUCUUACCUGCUUAAUGUCAAUGAUAUCUUUAAACUUUUCUGUUUCACUUCAAAGACUUUAUUGACCUUUUUUAAGAUCAUCAAAGGUGAUUUAAUGUUUCUGGAAUGCAACUUUAACCCAGACUCCUAACUCUUUUCUCUUACUCAGCUGAAACUGCUCUACUAUAUUACACUAGUAAAUAUCAAGAAGCUUUCAGCUCAUAAAUUAUUCACCUUGACAGAAAUAUUGCCAGACUCAUUUGAAAUACAACCAACUUUUGCCCUCCAGAAGUUACUAAUAAUAGUCAGUUUUUGAAGGAAAUUCCAGCUAUCCCAAUAUGGGACAGGAGUCUUCAAAGCAAGGUAAAAUUGUCUCUGAUUCUACAAAGAGCUUGUUUCUAUUGUGUUGUUCUACCGGUUGUGGUGAUUUUGAAAGGGUCCUCAAAUGUUGACUGCAGUGUUGUGGUUUGAAGCAGGGAUUGGCAAUGAGGUUUUAGAACAAAGUGAGGAAACCAAACUGCAGUGUGUUAUUAAGACAUCAUCAGACCCCUCUGGUUUGGAUGGGGUAAGUUUUCAAAUUAACAUGUUUCUUUAAAGUCUUUACACACCACUGUGUCGCCUAUACGACUGGUACUCUUAAAACAAGAAAAUUGAAGGAAAUAGCUUUGCUGUGACACUCCGUGUUAGUUUAUUGUUCAAGCACUGCUGUAUUCAUUCUCAUCUACCAAUUCAAUUAAUUUUAGAAGACUAAAGCACAGCUUUUACAUUGUUUAGUAUUAAACAAUUGUAGCUGCUAGUAGAACUAUAGUGCUUUUGAUGAAAUAUCAGCUUUUUAAAAGAGACAGUUGCAGACUAUGAAUCCAUUUGAUACACGUAAAAAAUAAUCGUAAGCAUUUGUGGCAGUAAAUGUUGUAGAUGUUAAUUAUUUUCGUAGGAAUGUGCGUAUACUAAUCAUUUUAACAAUGUUAUUAAUGUCUUCCAUUUUUCUAUGGAUUAAGUAAUUAUAUUCUGAUUUUUGCUUCCAUAAUUUCAAGAAUGGUUCAAAAAAUCUUAAUUAAUCUUAAGUCACUAGAUUACUUUAAAAUGUAACAAUCGUUUUGUGAGAUACAGUGUGUAACUGUUUUAGUAGGUGAAUAUGUAACAAGUUUAAUUAUCAUUUUGUAAUGCAGAAAAGUGACCUCUAGCACAAAAAUGUUCCUUACAGUUUGCCUUUUUCAAAGGGAUGCUGUUCAUGAGUUAGUAUACUAGUUUGAAUUUAAGAAGAUGAAGUAUUUUUGUUUUGUUUUUUUCUUGAACUUCUAGAAGACAAGUAUGCUGUUCAUUUUGCUUCAUGUACUUUAGAAUGCUUUCAGGUCCUUGGAUAAAUAAAAAAUAUAUGCCUUUUUUAAGUAAGCAUGUGCCAAAAAAAGGGAAUAAGGCCAAUAUCCAGCCAAUGUUGAUGUACAUGCAGCCAAAGGACCUAUAUUGGCCACCAACUGAAGGGUUCCCUCUGUCUAAGUGAUGAUUAUAAGCUGCUAGAUUCUUCUUUCAAUGUACCUUGUAAGUGAGUGCAAAUCAAAAGGAAUUGAAUAUUGGAUCAGGAAGCACUUAGGGCCUUAUUCCACUCAUCAUGCUACUACAGUCUGUAAUUCAAACAACACAUCCACUGACAAACCCACAUUGUAAUUUAUUUUGAAAUACAGCAAAUAGUCACUCACUUGACUAACAAAUUGAUAGUCGCCUUGAUUUUCUGCCCAAUUCCCUAAUUAGAUGCCUUUAUAAUUUACCCAAACAAUGUACUGUAAUAAUGUUGUAAUUAUUUUUAGUUUAUACCACCCCAAAGUGGUACAUUAAUCCACAAUUUAAUUAAUUAAAGCCUCUAAAAGGGAAUGGCAAUCUCUCCUCUCAUUCUUACAGGGGUUUGUAUACACCCCUGGACAUAGACCAUGAACCAAUUGCUGGCGAACAGCCUUUAAUGUCUGUACUCAGUAGGCUUACAGAUUCUUUGCUCGUUAGGCUGUUGUUUAGAUCUAUUUUGCCACUACUACAUGUAGAUAAUCCUUUACUUUUUUCAUACAAAUUUCAAAUUAUUUGCAUUGCUUUCUGUACAGAAUUUGUACAACUGUACAGUGUGUUCUUCUAGGGAAUAUGCAGUAUACUCUUGUUACACUCUCCAUGGAGGAUCUCUCUGAUUUGAGUUGGAAAUUUCAGUUUAGCUUUGGAUUUACCUUUUAAAUAUUGGCCUUUAAGAUGAAGACUUGAUCUUAGUACCCUCUGUUGGGCUGGUUUGAGUAUUUUGUACUGCACCACAUGAUACAAUAUAUGGAUGCAGCAUGACAAUGAUGGUUAUGGGCAAUUUACUGGGCAUUAUGGAGGAAAUUUAGGCUUCAUCAGUGAUUUUGUUACAAAUACAUGUACAUAUGGUGCGUCCUGGUACUCAACUCACUUGUGAAAAACUCAUGAGUUCCAGUCCAGAACCAAUGAGACCCAGUUAAAAAAAACAAGUCUGAAGUUGAAAGUGCUUGGGCCUUUAUGAAACCAGACAGUUAAUUUAAAGACAUACUCCAAAACUCUGUAUUACAGUAUACUGAAAUUGAAAUAUAGUGCUUAAAUUUAAAGGACAAGAGAGGCUAAAAGAAAAAUAACUGCCACAGAAAGUACACGAAUGGUACAUUUCUACAAAUACACAUGCAUGUUUAGAUCAAUUAUUAAUUGAUCUUUGCGUCCUACAGGACGCAUGCCUUGAAUUAUUUUGUGUCUUUGGGGAUUUUUGUUUGCCAAGGACGCAGCACUCAGAGGUAACAAAAUCACUGCUUCAUGGUUAUUUAAGGAUCCUUAAAUAUAACCGGAGUGAAGCAAGAUAUGGGAAUAGUGAUAUAUCCAUCACAUAACUGAACAAAAUUGUACACAGUCAUGUUCUUCAAUCUUCCAGGUAGUUAACUCACUGUAUUGUUGUCUGUGAUUUGUAUCUCAGGAUAGUGAGGUUGAUGGCGCAGAAGUUCAGGAGAAAGUCAAAGAAGUUAUUUGUAAAACCAUCACUACACUUCCACUCACUGCAGAUACAACUUCCAAGGAAAAGCUCAAUUCAGAUUUGGUGAGUAGCAUUUCUACCUGUAGGUCCGAGAAACCUCUUUGUCUUAGAAUAGCGGGGGAGAAAGGAGCACUGCAGCAAAAUAACAGUUUAUUGAAAGCUAUCAGAAGAAGGGUUGUUCAAAGCCAUGUCUGCCAUUUUCUUUUUUCUGAGGCUUGACACUUGAUAAGUGAUGAAACUUUCAUUUCGUGAUAAGAAAAUUCCUUGAACCAGACCAAAUGUAAAGAAAUGUUCAAUUUGUGAGUCUCUAUUACUGUUGAAAUUAAAGCUACAGUGUAGCUUUUUACAGCAGUAGCAGUAUUUUCUUGUGGUAUAUGUACUGUCUAUUAUGGUGUACAACCGGGUUUGUACAGGUCAUGGAAAACCUGGAAAGCCAUGGAAUUUAAGAAUUUCAUUUUCAAGGCCUGGAAAGUCAUGGAAUUUAAUUGUCGGUCCUUGAAAGUCAUGGAAAAUUAAAGUUUUGUUUGGUAGAUCAGUCACUGCAGAUGACAAAACAAGGAUAACCCAUGAAGGGGAGUUAUUAAACAGUGCGAAUGACAUGCAUUUUGGUGGAUACCAGAGUUUGUUUCUGUUGAACUGUGUAAAGUAAAAAAAAAAUACAGAUGUAUGCUAAAACAGGUUCACCUGUAAGGCUUUGAAAUUUUUGAAAAUGACAGCUACGCAUGAGGUCAUGGAAAACUGAAAAGGUCAUGGAAAAAGUCAUGGAAAGUCAUGGAAUUUGAAGAACUCAAAAGAGUAGGAACCCUGUACAAAACGGUUCAACUUUUAACCCUUUAAGGUAAAAGAAUGAUCAGCAUGAAAUUUCUCCUUAUAAUAUAUAAAACAGUGGUCAGGAGAAUUGAGGACAUGAUCAGGAAAGAUGAAUCUAAUUCAGCAAAUUCUCCCCACCACUUCUUUUGAAAACAUACAGGGACAACAAAUGAGGAUAACAAUUUUGAUAUUAGGGUGUAGAGGGUUGAAUUGGUACAGGUGCAGGUGUAGAUGAAAAUCAUUCAUUGAAAGUUACUGAACAGUACAGUACAUUUGAAUUGUAGUAAUUGUUCCUGGUGUGUAAAUUUGGUAUUUAAUUGGACCAGAUUUUUGAUCAAGAGUAGUGACUAAUGUGAGACUUAAAUUGAAAGCCACAUCAUAAUUUUAUAUUGUAAAGUGAUCGAAGAGUCUGUUUUUGUAAAUCACUGCAAAUGAAAAUUAUAUGUGUGUAGCUCAGUUACACCCACAUCGUCUGACAGCAUAAAAUGCUAGAGAUCAAUAAAGUGCCAAAAUUUGUACAGCUGUAGUUAGUUCAUUUUAAAAUAUUAUUAAGCUGCACCUACGUUGGAAUGCUAUGGCUUAGUAGCACAGGCAUGUCCACUGGUCUGUGGGGCAGGCAACAGAGAGAGGAGAAAUCAGAUUUAGAAAUGAGAAAUAAUAUUAUUAGAAUAGGGAAAAUAGAGAAAGUGGUAAUUUUCAAACAUUAGAAAAAUGCAAUAUGAAUAUAAGGCCAAAAUUUGUUCACUAAAUAUUUGAAAAAAAACAAACAACAAAAAACAAAAAACAAAAAACUACUGGCCAACAAAUGACUUUUAAAAAAAUUGCCUUUUGUAAACACCAGAAUUUUUUUUUUUCUAAGUUACCUAUCUCACUAGCAUUUGGUUUGUCAGAUUUACCUGUGUCGAUGAUAGAAAGAUCAACCGUCAUUCUACACGCAAGUUUACCAGAUAGUGGAUCACAUACUGCUUGUCAUCCAGCAGCUAGUCCACCAAAACGUUUUUUUGAGGGGCACAUUUUCUGAAUUUGGCAAUUGAGUUCCUUGAAAGAGAGAGAAAUGGCAUAAUUGAAAGGCUACUUUACAGGUGGAAGUGUCCCCUCCAAAAAGGAAGUGUGGGGAGUAGGGAGUGUUUUUACUUGAAGCCCUUUUUUUUUCAGUAUGCUUAAAUGUGAUAAUGUGACCAUUUAACGUAACAUACAGCUGCACAGAAUAGUUAAAUGUCACCUUUAAUGCCUGUGUGUUUGUCUUCUAUUUUGUGCUUUUGAAAUUGUUGUUAUAACUAGGCUUUUCUAUAAAAAGUGAAAUUCAUUGAUGCCAUGGGAAAAUUAUUUUAACCAUAAUGUAAAGAUUUUUUAUUUUAUUUUUGUUUAUCAUACUGCCAUGCUAUAGAGUCAUAUUAAAUUAUAAUGAAAAACAGAUAUAUAUAUGGGUUACAGGAAACAUUUUUUAUGGACCUAUCUAGGAAACUUAGAUACUGGUAUGUUUUUUGGUGAAUUUUAUUGAUACUGGCUUAUAGUUGAUCUAAACAGUAAAAUGAAGAUGUAUUGGACAUUUUUAUGGUCCUGUAGUUAGAAUUAUUAAUGUGAAAAAUAGAAAAAUUAAAAGUGAGGAAAAAAGCUUUCUUAGAUAUCAAUAUAAACUACCACCUGCUCAUCUCUUGUCAUGCAAAUCUAGUUCUUAUUAAAUAUUAAUUUCCAAAACUGUUUCUUUGAAUGGUUUCAUACUGAAUGUAUUUCACUAGAAAAAAAAGCUUAAAAAACCAAAGAAAGAUGCUUACUAGGGGAUGAUGCUGUAAAUAUUCAUCAGUUUGUUUACCAACUUUUAAUUUUUAAUUUUGGAUGAGUAUUUUUGUCUCAAUGUAAAAAACAAUGCUAAGCCAGACAGACAGCUGAAAUUUUUACUGCUUGUAAUUACCUUGAAUGUCAAACUUCCCAUUGAGAUUUUCACUUUGAAAGCUUUAUGAUGUUCCAGUCGACAUUUUUGCUUAAAAGUCUCCUUCCAUGUAAACCUCUGUGGAGCUGUGGCCAUUAAUUAUUACAAGCCAACAUGAAGAGUCACACCAACAUUGAAAUCGAAAACAACUACUUUGUCAAUGUUCAUGUGUAUGUGUUUAUGAAUGAACGGAGGAGACGAACUAAGGUAGGAUACGCUCUGCUUAUCAAACUGUGUUCCUUUAUAUUUCACUGGUCUCACCUUGUGUUGUCCUUAAAAGGAACAUUUUAUUCAAUGAAUAUAAUCAAAUGGUUCAAUUUAUUGUGUUUCUAUCUGAAAGAGGAACAGUGCAAACGAUCACCAGGAAUGUUGUGAUCAUGUAAAGUGUACCAAGGGAAUCAUUUUUGCAAGUCUGCAAAUUAAUCCAUAAUGCAUGAAUUUUGCAUUGAAUGAAGAAGUCAAAGUUUUUGUUUGUGCUGCAUUAAUACUUAUUCCUUAAAAAAAAAUGAUUGAGUAUAAUGUGACUAGAAAUUAUAACUUUUAUUUUAAGCGGGUGACACCAAUUACUAUGAAAAGUAUUCUCCCUAGGAUGAGAGAAUGAGACCUUUGCUUUUACAAAUGUAGAAAAUAAUUUGAGAAAGAUUGACAUGAUAAUAUUAUUUUUGAGUUCCAGAAAAUUACAUCAGUCCAUGUAGACCAACAGUACAUUAAAUUAAAAGCCAUUCAACCAGGCUAUAUACAGGUGUAUAUAGCACAGUCAGAAAAUUUUGUCUUACAAAGAAGUUAAUAUUUCCAUUGUAUUUCUAAAAUAUAUGUGAAUGUGGCCUUAAUCACAUCAUGUCAUGUCAAUAUUAGUUUUGUUUAACUCUAGUGAACUUGAUCUUUAUUCACAGUUCAAAAUAUGAUUCAUUCUAUUAUUUUAAUUCACUUUGAGUGAACUUGCAUGCUCCUAACAGCUAUAUCGCACAGCAAACACCUUACCAUGGUCGAUGAGCUGGCUUCCUUCCAUUUUUUAGCAACUUACUUGAAAAUUGCUGAAUACUGAAAACAAAGGGCUUUUUCCAUUCAGCCCAAAAUUCCGGAAAUUUUGGUUGGUACAUCAAAAUUUGAUAGAACAGAUCGUUUCAGUUUGGUUCAACUGGAAUAUUCGGGACCAGCUUUGAAGGUGGUCCUCUUUGACUGGUCUGGUCAUUUUGGUCAGUUGGACUGAAAUGUCCCUUUCCUUUUUGACAAAAUUGUUGACCCCAAAAGGGGUACUGCUCUUUUGUAUCCUGCUUACAAGAACAAUAACCAAAUGUGCAGAAAAAUAAAAUGAAGUAUUUGCAUGUGAACAGAUUAGACAAAAAAUUAAUGUUCUCUCAGAACACUAGAAAUGGUGUUUCAGGGGAUCAGGAGAAUGCCCUCAACCCCCUCAAACCCCACGCCCCCCCACCCCCCCCCCCCCACCCCCCCCUCUCCCCCCCCCCCCCCCCCCCCCGUGCCGACAUAUCACACUUCUGACCAUGCCUUGCUGCGCUCUGCUACUCCUAAUGUAUCUACAUGCAAGUCGCUCACUCACAGUCUCCUUUCUUAACCCCCCCCCCCCCCCCCCCUCCCUCCUUUCCUACCCCUAGCAGCUCACCCCCUUCAGCACUUGCAUGGUUAAUUCCUCGGUUGUGAAAAAGUAUCCUGAUUUUACAUACCCAAAAGGCUGGACAGUCUGUUUCCCAAGCACCCUAACAAAAAUGCUAAAUUGCUCUUGUCCUUUAUUUUUACAGACCAGGGACAUUUACCAGUAAGUUUGAAAGAGAAACAAGUGAUUUCAAAAUUUUCUUUACAGGGCUCAGCCAGUUCUAAAGAAAGGCUCAACUCCCCGUCAUCCAUAUCAUGCAUUGGAGAAGAAGGCAAACUCCUUGUAAAAGGUUAGCACAGUGUUCUUGAAAUGUUAGACCUUGAUCAAGGGUAUUGGGAAUCUUUCUUUUUUGAGGACCUGCUAGAGAAUCUGAGAAGACAAUUCAUUUUGAAGAUUUCAAAAGGCAUUCUAAAGUUUCAAAGGUCUUGAUCAUGGCUAGUUGAGAGACUUAAUAAGGCCUCAAGUGUAUUGUGAGAAUUGGAAGGCAAUCAAUAUGAUCCGGGCUCUCAUUACCUUUGUCAUCAAGCCUUUAACACUUCACCCCUUAUUUCCCAUACAAAAUGAUUCCUGCAGAACUUCUUUUCAAUGUAUGUUUAGACUGUUCAUAUUUGUUUAUGUUGAUGCACAGUAUAGUGCUGAUAACAAUGGGUUUGCAAUCUUAAUUUGAUAUGGCAAGUGAAACUUGAAACAAUGCAAGUUAUUUUUUGUGAGAAUAGGAGUAGGAGUAAAAUAAAAUUAAUUAUGCCCUCCCCCAAAUUUCUUUCACCUGGGAAAUUUGUUCUUCCUUCCCCUCUUGGCCUCACUCCUCCACCCCUCCAGCACCAGAUUCUGUUGAACUGGCAGUCUCUUGACGGAUGAUUAUAUUUUUAUUAUUGCCUAGAAAAGAAACCUAAUAAGAAUUAUUUAACAAUUAGUGAAUGAGGCUGAGUAUCUUAUGAAGAAUUAUGGAGAUUGAGGAGGGCGUUAUCCAUUGGGGCUGUAGGCCGAGGCGGAUAACACGCUCCGAGAAAGCUGAGUUCAGUAAUUGUUUUAUUAUUCAUUCAAAAUAAUUCCUAGUUUAAAAACAAAGCUAAAACGUGCUUAGCUCCAUUGAUGUGAAGUUCACCUUCCAUAUUGCACAUUUAGGGUUGUUCAGCUCCGCAAAUAUUCUCCAAAUAGCAGAUGUCGCCCUUUGAGUUGUGUUCUUGCUGUUCUUGCCAUGUUUUUAGCUAUAAUUUCGCCUACUUCUUACUCUUAAAAAGAGUUAAUUGUCCGCCAUGUUUUGUUUUCACAAUCAAAACAACUCAGUCGCGUCCCCAGGUCUUCUCGGUUAUGAGUUCAUUAACCUGCAAGAACGCUGCAUUUUUGACGUCAUUUCCUCCUUAAACACAAAGUUCUUCCAAAUUUGGUCAUCAGUAACUGGUUAUGGUGAAUUAUGCGUGUGCUUUUAGCCAAUCUGAAACGGGGAAAUAUUUUGAAUGAAUAAUAAAGUACAUUAAUGUUGUACCCAGUAUCUGUCACUGAGUAAGAGGUACAGUUAAUUUUGGAGAUCAGCACAUGGUACAGAUAAUUUAGUUACUUGCUCGCAGAUUACAUAUAAUAUAAUAUAUAAUGUUGCUUGUGCAUGCAAUGCAUGAUAUCCAAGAGCCAUGAUUCAUUGACUGUGUUCUAUGCUAUGGUUUUUUUUUUUCAUUGUUUUCUUAAAAAUGUAUAAUAAAAUGAUCUGUUAUUAGAUUCGGUUUAUCAAGGUCUUGGUAAGUGUUUUUAGCCUUGGCUGAUAACAGUACUUGUCUGGAGUUUGGUUUUACCGGAUACCACAAAAACCUCAUCCAAUAAUAAAUUAUUAUUUAUCAACUUACUAUUCUUUUCUUUUUACAGUAAUCAAAGCAAGUGGUCUCUGUGGAAAGGAAAAAAGUGGUGAGAGUUUUAGACCAUGUCAAAAUAAUGCUAUAGUUGUCAUCAGUUUCUAUAUAAUAAAAUAAUGUAAUAGUGAUAUUUGUAGUGUCUUGGACUCAGCAGUAGAAUAUUGUUUUCCGAAACCUUAAAUGAUCCAAAAUGUGUCAUUUAUGUUUAAAUAAAAUAAAAUAAAUAAAAAUUAAUUAAACAAUGAUUUUAUAAGCAGAGUUUUGUUAAAACGAGCAACUAAGAGGAAAAAUGAAAGAUUUAUAACAGGAUGCUUUGGGGUCCUUGUAACUCCAAUACCAAGUGAAAUGUGAAUAAUAUUACAAUUGAGCAAAUGUGGACCAAAGUGUUUACUUAACCAGCUGCAUUUGCUCGAUUGUAAUAUUAUUCACGUCUCUCUUGAUAAUGGAGUCAUGAGGACCCCCAAAAGUUCUUGUUAGAAAUCUUUCAUUUUUCUUCCCAUUAUAUAAUAAACACAAAAAUUAAAACCUUAUAACAUCUCUCCAUUCUUGUUGUUUCAUUUUUGCUCACCUUUUUUUGCAUCUAACUUGUUUCAGGUACUGUCAGCCCAUAUUGUGUUGUUUCAACCAGUAAUCCAUUGCAACGCAAGCGAACCAGCAUGGUCAGAGAUAAUGACAGCCCAUUUUGGAAUGAAUAUUUCACUUUGUAAGUUUACCACAAUCUUUCAAAUACUCCCUUGAAAAAAGAAGGGGAGGGGCGGGGAGGGGCGGGAAGGGGGGGGGGGGGCUUGUUUUUCCACCCAUUUUAAGGGGGGGGCCCCACAAAAAAAGAACUUUCGCCCCCUUAAAGAAUUUUUUUUAAUACCACCUCUCCCCCCCUUAAACAAUCAAACAUUUGCAACCCCUUCCCUUUCCCAUAAGGCUCAGAAGUGGAGGUUGAGAAAGGCCUCCCAUUUUUUGACUGGUUGGUAUUCUGCCCCCCCCCCCCCCCCCCCCCCCCAAAAAAAAAAAAAAAGGUUUUUUUUAUUUAAAAUAAAAGAAAAAAAGAAGGAACCCCCCCCCCCAACAAAACCACACCACCCCCCCCGGGGGGGGGGGGGGAAAAAAAGGGGGGGGGGGAAAAAAAAUGACACCCACAAAAAAGAGGGGGGGGGGGGGGGGGGGGGGGGGGGGGGGGGGGGGGGGCUUAGUUUUCCAGCCAUUUUAAGGAGAGGGCUCCACAAAUAAAGUACUUUCGCGCUCAUAAAGUACUUUCUUUAAUACCACCUUCUCCGCUCCUUAACCAGUCAACAUUUGCCAACCCUUGCUCUUGCCAAUAGGCUACAGAGAUGAAGUUAGAGAAGAGCUUCCAUUUCUUGACUGGGAGGUUCCUGUUUAUACUCUUCGCUAUACCAAUCCUUUGGGCAAUCUUUCUCCCCUAUAUUCAUCAGCAUGGUUAUCAAAUGCUAAGGUCGGUUUCCAUUUGUCAGAACUGACCUGCCAGACCAUUCCCGUCGUGAUGAGAAAUUCACUUUUGAUCAAAACUAUCCAGCCAGAUCAAUCAAAUCUUAAAUAGUGUCCACGGAGGAGAUGGGUUUUUAUUAAAAAUUCUUGGAAAAAGCCUAUUUCUUUGUCAAAAUGACUGGUGCGGCCAUAAUCCGGCCGGCCAUUUCUGAGUUUUGGAAAGCGCUCUAAGUUAGCGUUAACUAACUUUUGUUUCAUAACUGUUUGCAAUUCUCCGGACAUAUUUCUCCUUACUUUAAAUCUCCGACUUAACCCCUAUGGAAGGCUUGAUGCUUAGGACCUAGGCGCCUUUUCCUUCAUAAAACAGAGCAGUGUGGGAAGAAUGUGGUUUACUUUCAUUCUGGGCCUUCCCGUGACACGCUGCUAGGCCUAUAAAAGAAAAAAAAAACGGAUAGGCCCAGGGAAUGGACAAGGCAGACCCCUUGGUAGGCUCGAUCUCUGUCGCUCUCUCGGGUCCUGUCUUGAUCCUUACUGCGCGUGUGAGAGGUUUUUGCGUCUUCUCCACAUUCUCCAUACGGCUUCGCAACUCCACUGCCAAAACUAUACUCGCGCUAAAUAACGAUCCUGUCGGCUACGCAGGUUACUCCCUGAGAAGAGCCAGUAGAGCGGGCUCUUUUCCCAAACAGUGCUAAUGGUAAUCGAUCCUAACUCCUUGAUGCAUCAUAUAACCUACAUGUAGCUGCACCCUUCCGGCGAAGAAGGAAAAACGAGACGCUCCCUCCCGCCAUUUUUCCUUCUUCGGGGGAAGGGUGUGGCUACACGAAGGCUGUACCUCAUACCGUCUAAUUUUAUAUAUUUUGUUCACUUUUUUCCGUUAGUGACAUCACUCCUAAGACCAAAGAGAUUUCUCUUGAUAUAUAUGACUACGAGAAAACCGACAGAGGCAAGUCUGAGGUUUUUCUUUUUCUCCUUUUUUGUAUUUUUUGCCAAAAUCAACUAUUUUCUUGUUAUUAUUGAUUUUUUUAUUCAAUAUGUCAUAAUGCGUUAUAACGCGUUUGAAAACGGAUUCACCACUAAAACAAAACACGUUAAAACUAACUUUUCAUUUUGUAACUGUUAAGGGAAAAGACCUAUUGUCAUAAUAUUACUUAAAAAUAAAUCUGACAAAACUCUUUUAAAUAUGUUUUGAAUUAAUAAUCACAUUUUUGAGUUUUGUGUUCAGCAGCCAGCUUUUAUUUUGUUGGUCUUAAGUGAAACUAAAUUUGACUUAUUUUAAUCAUGAAAUUCUGCAGCUUUAACUCUUGGCAGCUCUUAGGUUUGAAGGACUCAUAAAUUACCUUCUUUUUGUACUACUGAUAACAUCAAAUGCUAAUAAAUUUUCCUAAAUGUAGUAUAAUACUAUAUCUCCAUUAAAUUAUAUUAAUUUUAAACAGAUUGCAAUGGCCAUGUGAACGACAGUGAAUUCACCCAGGAACAAGGUGAAAAUAAAGUUUGUUUUAAGCACAGUGUACCGAGAGUUUUCAGCUCUUUUCAUCCUAAAAUUAAUAUUUUUAAAAAAAUCUUAAAUUUCAUUUCUUAAAUCACUGGAAAACAGAUAGUACCGUACGACAGUACUGCUCAGUAGCUUUCAUUUGAUUUGUCACACUUUAUAUAAGAAUUCACUCACAAAUUUAAAAGUAAAACUCAGUUACAUGUCUCCAUUCGAAGGGAAUAGCUGGCAAAUUGUUGAUGUUCGAAAUAUGUUUAAGUCGUAAACUGUUCAUUUAAUUAGUAAGAUGUCUAAAAUAAUUUUAUUCGGUUAUCUUAGAAGGAUAAUGUGAGCACAGUUACUGACAAGGCGUAUGAGUUAGAAAAACAACCAAAAGUAAAAAAUGCAACUAAAUGCACACGUCAUUAGAGAGGAGAAAUCGUUACGUCACUUUGUCAUGGUAGCAAAAUUUCUGGAUGAAAAGAAACUGAAUUUUUGUGUUGUGUUCACUUACAGUGCUGUACUCUGUCAAUUGGGGGUGUGAAAUUAGAACGUUUCAUGUCGCAGACGACGGAUAAGAGAUUUACAAAAAAGCAGGAUGCACAUGGAAAGUUGUUAUUUUGCUAAUGUAAAUCUAUUGCUUUUUUGCCGUACUCGUUACUCGUCGCCGUCGUCGUUGUCUAAGCUCCUUAUUGUCGUAAUCCAAAAAUUUUGCUUCCAUGGUAACGUGACGUCACAGUUCUCUAUUACAAAAGUAAAUAAAGCACGUGCUGGUAAUUAGAUUGCGAUUGAGCACACAACUUAAGCCAACAGAAAAUUACGUAAUUAAGGAAUUUACGGUGUCACCACUCAGCCAUUUAAUAUUUUUCUCAUCUGCCUUGUUCGGAAAAUAGCAAAUUUUUAAAUGACUGUUCUUCAAUUAACCUACAAAUUUAUUCGAUUUUGUAUGUUUAGCUUUUAUUUGAAUUAUAUUUAAGUACCACAAUAAAGCUUCUAUAUACCAAAAUAUCUGUUUGUACACAUAGAUGAUUACCUUGGCCAGGUAAUAGUCCCGCUUUCCACUGUGAACAGAGACCAGACUUGUAGACUCAUCUUACCUGUCCUGCCCAAGUCUUCAAAGAGUGAGCACUCUAAAGGAGAUAUCAGCUUAGAGGUGAGGAAAAAUCGAAGCAUUUUUUGAGGGUCUGUGUGGCGGAGAGACUGUUUGCUGUUGUACAGACAGGGCUGUCACUAAGGGCCGGGAGACCGGGAUUUUUCCUGGAUACUAACAUCAAGCAUGACCCCCGGUUACUUUAAUAGGAAGUAGAAGGUAUAAAGAACGAAAAUAACCUCCUAGCUGUUCAGUUCCCCCACCUAUCGUCGCUGACAAGGUAAUUCAGAUUCCGGAAUUCUGGGAACUUUUUGCUUAUGGAAUUUGAAAUCCUGGGCUUUGGAAUCGGGAAUUCAGCUUAAGGAAUCUGAAAUCCCGCUAACGAUUGGAAUCCGGAAUCCAAUACCUUGAAUCCAGGAUCCACUGUCUUGGAUUAUCUUAAACCGGGCGACACGUUCAUGUACUUAUUUUAGGGACCUUGGGACUCCAACGGUAGCAUCAAAAAUAGCAGUAGGUAUAGUAAAACAAAGACCCUGCAGGUGCAUCACGUUUUUUCGUAAAUUUCUUUGCCGUCCCUGCACGACAACGACGUGAAAUGACCAAAUUUUAAGUUUCUUGACUACGGGGAUGGCAAAGCGAUAAAAUAAAUUCUACUAUCUCUGUCUGAACUCGAGCGCCGUCCUUUCUCGUCAGCUCCAAAAGUAACAGGUCGACUUAGUAUAAUCGCGAAAUAGUUUGAAAGGACGCGAAGUAUAUUUUUCAGCGACGUUUUCGUGGACGACACCGUUGUCAGAUCGUAAGGUCUCUAUUGCAUAUUCCCGGCAGCGUGAAACCUUAGUGACAGCCCUAGAUUGAAUCCUACUUUUUUGGUGCGAUUAUCGAAACCCCUGUUGAGCUCAAUUGUAACCUGCUGUUUUGAUUUCGUAUGGCGAGUGCUCAUCGAACUAUAGAGUCACUGUGAACAGAAUAUAAUGCACGACUGCAAUAACAGUCUGCCCUCGGGCAAUGUCCAACGAAACUAUCCUUUAUGUUAUCUAUAAAAUCCUGUCUGCGGAAGGACAUGGGAACCCCUCAUAUCAAAGAGUUUCUUAGCUGGAGAUUUGCUUGGUAACUAAAGAAAUUGAAAGUUAACAUAAUACACGGCCGUGGCAAUCGCUGCUUUUCAGAUAUACGACUGAGCAUUUACAGGUUACGUCAUUGUAAAAUGCUCUUUCAGUUCCUGCUAAAAAAAAUUCCAAAGACGAACUGUUUUCGUGUUUACAGAAAGUUGAUCACGUGAUCAGCUAUUGCAGGUGCUCAUACAUACAUUCUAACAGUUUAGUAUUUGCCCUUCUAUGUUUCAGUUUACGUUUGAUAAAGAUGGUAAAGUAUUUGACGCCACUCUACCGAUGGUCAGUGGUUUUGAGAGAAAAGUUUCUUCUGGCAAGUAUCUAUACUUUGUUAUGUAGUCAAACAAAUUAAAUUUGUGAAAUUCAGCGAAAUCUAUUUAAUCCAUAGUUUUUAAUUUUCACUUUUCAUAGCUUUUUCCUUUACGAUUGUUCUGUUGAUUUCUUUAACCCUUUGACUACAUGUGUUCCGUGUACAGCCGUCACCCUCCCCUCAAACAAUCCCCGAUUUUGUUUGAGUUGCCGGGAAGGGGCGGCUGUACAUAGGCUUUGCCUCCUAGGCUUCAUACGUCACUCUAACUUUAAAGUCUGUGGGCGAAAUCCCUUGGUGCUACCAUUCUAAUGAAACCUCUUCAGCAGUACUUUCACAUGGUACUAUUUAUUUAGUAUGUAGCUCUAACUUUUGAGUCUGUGGAUGAAAUCCUAUGGUGAUGCCAUUCAAAUAAAACCUCUUCAGCAGUACUUUCACAUGGUACUUUUUAUUUAGUAUGUAGUUCUAACUUUUGAGUCUGUGGAUGAAAUCCUAUGGUGAUACCAUUCAAAUAAAACCUCUUCAGCAGUACUUUCACAUGGUACUUUUUAUUUAGUAUGUAGUUCUAUCUUUUGAGUCUGUGGAUGAAAUCCUAUGGUGAUACCAUUCUAAUGAAACCUCUUCAGCAGUACUUUUACAUGGUACUAUUUAUUUAGUAUGUAGUUCUAACUUUUGAGUCUGUAGAUGAAAUCCUAUGGUGAUACCAGCGUGCAAAGAAAGUACUGUCCGAUAGCCCGGGGCUAGUGGAUUUUGCUAUCGGGCUAGUGAGUUCUGUUUUUAACUUGCCUGACGGGCAAGUGAUGUUUUAUGAGGAAUUUAAAUAACAGAAGAACAAAACGUUUUUGGGGCUAGUUGAAAUGACGUCUGGGCUAGUAAAUGCUAGCUUCAGCUUGCCCGAAUGGCAAGCUGUAAAAAUGAUUUUCUUUGCACCCUGGGUGAUACCAUUCAAAUGAAACCUCUUCAGCAGUACUUUCACAUGGUACUAUUUAUUUAGUAUGUAGUUCUAGCUUUUGAGUCUGUGGAUGAAAUCACCCGGUGUUACCAUUCUAAUGAAACCGCUUUGGCAGAACUUUUACAUGGUACUGUUUAUCUCAUAAUAUUUAGAAUUAAGACUAAGAGAUUUGAUUUUGUUUGUGGGUCGAUUUUUCCUUUGGCCAGUAAAAAAAUGAAAGGUUAUUUCGUACGGAAUGUUUAUUUUAAAGAGCCAGCUUACUAACUUGCUGGCCCUAUCUAUCGCAACCGUAGAGGUAAAGUGAAGCGAUAAAUCGUUUUAGGAGCCAACUAUGUCGCGACUUGAUCUUGAAUGACAUUCUACUUGAAAGACAGUUGACCAUGUAAGGGUUACUGAACAUAAACCUAGUAACUACUAAGUGUAAAGAGGCGAAAUAGCUGAAACUCUUGUAAAGUCAGACUGCAUGCCUAUUCCUUUAUCAGAUGCUGAGAAACCUAGUGCUCAGAGCACCCCAUCAGAGGAAUCACCCUCGAUCCUGGUGAACGGAGUGGGGUCUGGUGUGGUAAACGGACACAUUCCGCUUCGCAAACGCUUUAUUGAGUCAAGCCUGGACGAGCUGGCCAUGGAGCUUGAAGCUUAUGAACAGGGCGAACAAAAGCCCAAGACACAUGAUGAUCACGUGAACGACACGCAAGAAACAGAUGAUCUCGACACAGAACCAGAAUUAUCCCCAGUUGUCAUAGCAGCGGAUGAAGCUGAAACGUCACGCGACACAGAACAGAUGGAAGACGAGUCUGAGAGGGCCAUUGUAGAAUUACUGAAAUUGUCUGGAGAGGUAUGGUGCAUGCGUUUUAUUGUCUUCGUCUGUAUUUUAAAAGACAGUACCCUAUGCGCAGGUAUUAAUGAGUUUAGCAGCUUUAAAGCUAUCUGCCAAAACAAUGGAUAAUUGUUUGCAUUACUCACCGGAUUUCUAUGCAGCACAGUAUAUUUUGUGCCUAUGUUUCAUGUUUAUCUUAGUUCACUCCCUUGUAUAGCUGUUUUGUCAUACGCGGGACUGUUUUUGUUUUGUCUCAAUAGCUAUUUCUCCUUGCUCUCACAAUCACAGAAAUGUGUCAUACUCUCGUAUGUAGUGGAACCUUGUUUUAACGAACCUCUAUAUAACUAGGUUCAUUUUUUGAGGACCGAGAAAUUGUCCGUGAGAGUGGAGUUCCUUCACGAGCCUCCCGACCUCGUAGCCUCCCACGCAGGCGUUUUUAGGAGAGCUCAUUUUCGUCCCUCCCCAGUGGGGAGGGACGAAAAACGAGCUCCCCUAUAAACGCCUGCGUGGGAAGCUACAAAAAAUGCAGAAACAAAUUCGGAUGCUUAGUCCGCGGGAUGCUAUUUAUUUAAGAACGCAAACCAUCAUUGAAUGUGCAAUCGGAUUCGAUUCGCGUUACGCUUUUCUGUUAAGAAAUCUACAUAACAAUGAAGCAUGCACGAAUACAAUCUAAUUUAUUCAAACCACAGAUCACCCAGGCUCUGUGAUAUUACCACAGUACUGUUUUAGUAAAAUUACAUCGUUUGUAUGGAGUAAAAAUACGAUCCUAAAAUUUGUAGAAAAUACUAAAUAAAAGUCAAUGGAACUUACUCUGCAGUUAGUUGAAGGGACACAUUAAUUAAUGCUCAAACGAAGUUCCAUGAUAAUUGCUCAAUUUCACCCUCCAUAUAAUAAUUAUAAUACACAAUGCAGGAGGUACGAGACGAAGUCUCAGUCGCGAAUAGAAGAAGCGAUGGCGUACUCCAAAAAAGUCCAAAAGCCAGUUUGCUUCCUGUUAUUUUCAUAGGAUGUCCCAGAGGAAAGCAUCGAGGAAAAAAGAGAGACUGAAAGUGAAACGGAGGAAAAGAAAGGCGAGGAACAAACAGAAGAACAAAAAGAGGACAGCGAAAAAGUUGACGAGCAUCAAAUGCCAGAGGAACAGGAAGAAAAGACCGAAGAACCAAGCUUAAAACCGAAGCACCGAAGGUCAUUUAACUUGUUUAAGAGACGAAAAACUGACAAAAAAGCAGAGAAGGACGAGGAAAAAGGUGAAGAAAAGGAAGAGACAGGAGAGGCUAAACAAGAAAGUGAUAAAAAGGAGGAAACUCCAGCUGAAGGUACUGAAAGCCACGAAGAAGUGCAUCUACAAAAUGGAAAAGACGACGAGGAACACGAGACAAAAGAAGAAGAAAAAGUGGAGGAAGAGUCUGAAUUGGACAGAAAACCUAAGACGCGUCGCUCGUUUAACUUGCGGUUUAGAAAGCGACCAAAAAGUAUGGCUUCUGCUGAUAAGGAAACUGAGGAUGAUGGUGAAGAGACGGGUUUAUCAAGACAAGACCCAGUCAGACACUCAUACCAUGCGGGGGAUUUAACAGCACUUGAGGCCUCCAAAUCGCGUAAGUAGAAAUUUUUGCGUGCACAUGUUUAAGUUUUACAAUCAUCGUCUGAGAAGGCUGGAAGGUACCUUCUCCUGGUACUUCCUUCUUUUUUUUAUGGCGAUGUUUGUGGCUUAUUGUCUCCUUUAGUGUCGGAACACACCAGGCGACAGUCAUGUCGCUGCAACACGUCGCGGUGAUAAAUCACUUUUUUUGUACGAGUCGGGCGACAAGUUGUUGCAAGUUCAUGCAAUAUCGAUGCAACAGGUCGCAGAGGCAAGUCGCAGCAACAAAUCACUUGGCUUGACCUAGAGAAUUUCUGUGCACUGAAAUCUUCGACAGGAUUUUGUCUUCGCCACAGUUUGCAAAGUCGAAUCAGUUGGAAUUUGUGAAUUUGUGUCUUGUCGCAAGACAAAUAAUUUCACAAAACUUCCACUGUAGACACGAAGCAAUUUGUCUCUGCGACUUGUCUGCAAGUGUUUUCCGACCUUUAAUCCGUAUUUUUCAUCCUUCCCUCCCUUCCCCCUCCCCCCCCCCCUCAUUCCUUUUUUUUUUGCUCUUGUCCCAACUUUCUCGACGAACUCGCGCGGAAACGCUUGCUAUGCAGGCUAAUAGGAUGUGUAACACGAUUUCCGACCGGCCUGAGUCAUUUCGCAGACAUGCACUUGGCGCCAUUCGAGUCACUGAACAACGGUCUUACCUGUCUGCCUUCUCAUUAUCAAGUGGGAACAUUUCCCGCCGUUAUUCCUUUGGUGUCUGCGUUCAUUUCCCUUCCCCCCCUUUCUCCUUGCCCCAAGAAAAAACUUUUUUAACCCCCCCCCCCCCGCUCCCUCCUCCCAAAAGAAAUAGAAAGAAAGAAAGAAAUAAAAAGAAAGUCGCAUAAUGAUUUAUUUUCACUUUCCCCUGGUUAUUGCAAUGCUUAUGCAAAAUUUCGAGGUGUAAGCGAGGUGUAUUAUGGGCAAUGCGAGAGUGGUGAAUACGUCCGAACAGGCAGCGUCCGAUCGUGUCGCAGAUCUUCAUGGAUUAUAUUAUGGAAACCAUACUUAAAGGGAGACUUCACCAAAUUUCUUUCUUUCUCUUUUAGAAGAUAAAGAAGAGGUCAAGGAAAGUCAGAGAGAAGAUAAUAAAGAUGAGGAGGCACAGGAAGGAAAACAAACUGAAGACCACGAGGCAAGAGAAGAAGAAGAGAAACUGGAGGAAGCCUCCGAGCUUAGCAGAAAACCAAAGAUGCGUCACUCGUUUAAUCUGCGCUUUAGAAGGCGACCAAAGAGUAUGGCUGCCGCUGAUAAGGAAACAGAGGAUGAUGGUGAAGAGGGAAUUUUGUCAAGACAUGACCCUGUAAGACAUUCAUAUCAUGCGGGGGAUUUACCAGUUCCCGACCUAUCUAAUCUACGUAAGUACAUUAAUACUUUGACACUGACUCCACUUACACGAGAUAUCCCAUGUGAAAAGUUUAUUGAUGCCUCAGACAGUCAUCUGAUGUAGAUGUAUCCCAGUUAAGUUACCUCUACAUUAUACUUAUAGCAAAAAUACCAUAUGUUCUUGGCGAGAACGUGUGCCAUGCCUGCUGCGAAGUGAAAAACCACAGUUGAGAAGUGGCCAAAAAAAAUGUGUGGAAACUUAUUUUGCAAAACUAAAUUUAGUAAAUUUCCUUUUGCGUCUUUGGGCAUUUGUUGGAGUGAAACUUUAAGUUGUUAUGAGAUUCGUUCACACUGACUGUGUGUUGCUUUGAAGCCUCUAUUGUCUUCGUAAACGUACACUUACAACCUCUUUCUUUGUUCCUUUUAGGCAGAUCGACCAGUCAGUCAUCUCUGCUGAGUUAUUCACCGAAUCCAUACUCUACCUUGAUUAUCGAGACAGUCAGUAAAGGGCAGAAGAAGUAAGAUCAAGUGCAUAUGUUAUUAAGCUUAAAACCAAAAAGUAAGAAAAAGAAAGUUAUUCCUUCUGCCUGUCACUAAAGGCGGGAAAUGGAAUGACCCACUGCCAGUAACAACCUCUCGAUGAUCUUACGGAAAAAUAGAGGACUGUAAACAGUCUACAAAUAACACAUAGCCAACGUUAAUUAAACGCGGGAAAAUGUACCACGUGACGCAGUGGUCUUCGCUUUAUUCCCGAUCGGCUGACCGAGAAGUAACCUGCUUGUUUUCUUUGUUAGCGACCGAGAAUUACAAUUACUGUAUUCUGUUGCUAUCGACCGAGAAUUGCCGUAUUUGUUUUCUGUGGCUAGUGACCGGGAAUUACCAUAUUUGUUUUCUGUUGCUAGUAACCGAGAAACACAUGUAACAUUUGUUUUUUUUUGCUUGUUCACUGCUGAGGUUCAAGCGGGGAAAUCUCGUGAAAUUCAAUUUUUAAAAAAUUAGCCUGCGUCAGCACGGGCCUUGACUGCAAGAUAGGUCUUGUUCGGAAUAGUCUUCUAAAAACUGCUUUAGAUCUGUUUUUAGUUUAAUUACCGGUCAAUUAUCUGGUUGAUUCGAGCGAUCGGGGUCUCACGUUUGCGACACAAGUAUUCUCGAACUUUGGCUGGCAUGACACUUAUUCUUUAUGUAUCUUCGAGAUAACAAUUUUAUCCUUGCAAGAGGAUUGGAAGUUAGUUAAAAAUCGCCCAUUGUCACGCUGCCCCUAUCUACAAGACCCCCCCCCCCCCCCCCCCCCCCCCCUUUGUGGUCUCAAAGAUGUUCCAACUUUGGGGUGGAUUACAACUUUUUGUUUUGUAUUUUUCAGAUAAAAAAUUUUUCCUUUGACGAAGGAUGGGAAUUUAAUAAAAAACCCCCCCUUGCCCGCUUCCCCCUUCCAAAAAACCCCCCCCCCCCCCCACUCCCACGUCUUUUCUGAUACUUACCUGUUUUCCUCAGAUAUUCACACAUCCCCCCUGUGAUGGCCAAAAGAGGAGCGUACGAGAGAGGAGGUAGCAAACUGCAUAUCUACAAUGACCACAUCUUUCAAGCUGUGCACUUCUCGGGAAGGUAAAGUCUUUGAUUGUAAAUGCCUUGUCUCGUAUAGAAAACAUGCUGUACUAUAUUUCUUAUGGUGGCAACACUAAGUGACAAUAUCUAAGUGACAAGCUUGAGACAAACGAUGAACGAAACCCUUUAUACACGUUAUCGAACCACGAUGAACAAUCAUGUCUUUCAUGACAAUAACUAAGGUGUUUAGCUGUUGUCCACUCGCAACCGUUUCCCAGUUUUUGAAAGCAGUAGGUGACGGAACUCAUUUGGUAUGAGAACUAGCAUUAGAUAAGCAAGCACAGCACAAUGGACAUAUUUUUAAAUACUGUGGUUUACGGAAUUUAUGAUGUCAAUAUUGACAACUUUCUUGUGUCUGUUAAAAAAGCUCCCCGGAUUGCGCUGUGUGCGGCAAGUUGAUUAGGGGAAAAGUUGGCAAGCAAGGCUAUCAAUGUAGAGGUAAUUAUUGAAAUAAAAAAAGAGAAAUUAAGGGUCACGUUUACGCCAAACGGCAAACGUGAAUUUGUACCACGUGAACUUGCUUUCUCCUUAAUUGUCGUUUACUGGUUAUUACUUUUACCCAAAAAUAAGAAGUUUCACGCCAGUUUUAUCCAUAAGAAUUGUUCUGUCUGGGCGGUUUUUAUUUGCUUAUUUUCUACUACUGAGAAAUUCUCAACUUUAAUGUGACGUUUGCCGCUUGUCGUUAACGUGACUCUUAAUCUCUCUUAAUGACAGAAUUCCGCAAACAGCAGAGGAGAAGUAUUUCAACUUGGACGUGCUUUACUACAAUUUGUGAACGGCCACUUUGCGCAAUAGUGUAAUCAAACCGGCUGAACUUGUGCAGUAGUGUUAACAAUUGUAGGGAAUGGGUGUACCCCCCCCCCCCACCCCUUCAAUAAAAGUAGUAGGUGUAUUUAUCGUAAAAUUCCAAGGAAACUCCGAUCGAGGUACCAGACGUUCGCCAUAUGGAUGCGGCUCCAAUUUAUUUUAAAUCCUCACAGUUUGAGUAACAACAGAUAGUCCAUCCUUCUCUCCUUGCUCGAGACCCUUAAACUCCCCGAGAAGCUACCUCUGCGGCUCCUAUGGCGGUCUUUUUAGAUUGAAGCACUGAGGCUGUACCAAUCCACAAGUAUUAACAACUAACCCCCAGGAAUCAACGUACGUGUCUAAGAAAACUGAAAAAAAUAUAGACUUGACCCUAAUUGAUCUUCGUUGCAUUUGGUUUCAUGUACGGCCCUCUGUUGUGUCCACAGGGUGUAAAAUGGUCACGCAUCGUGACUGCCAUUAUGAGACCACUGCAAUGUGCACUAGUGAUGCAGUCAAACAUAUGGACAUGUAA